AGAACCUAUGAAUGACCUUGCCCAAUUAAAUUUCAUGAUGAAGGAUGUCAUACAAUAUGCCACUCUUGCAGUUCAGUCACAAGAGAGACUUCGUUGGCUUCUUGGACAAAAUAAUUUUAAUGAAGAAGGUAUGUAAUCUAGGCUAUUUAAGCAUCACGUUAUAACAAAAAAUAAAAAUUGUAACAAAUGAAAUCAAUGUGUAGAAGAAGUUCUAACAAUGCAUUGGACUUAACUUUUUUCAAAAUAUAUGUUUUUGUAGCCAAAAAAAAAGCACACGUAUGCCUAGAGCUGCUGAUAACCCAAAAAGCCCACCUGGAGGGAAGUGAUUGUGACUUUUGCAUACCUAAUCUCCAGGAGAGUGGCCUGAUAGAGCUAAAGCAGUUAACAUUGAUGCAUGUCCCAUCAUCACUGACUCCAGAAGUUUGUGACAAGUUCAAGGUCAUGGUUGAUCGCGCUCUGAAAGGUGGGUACAUGACUUAACACGAGUUUUAAAUACAGGAUAUGAAGACAGUUCUGCAUUUAUUACCAUUUUUUAUAGUUAAAUUUUGAGAAACAAAAUGCAAAAAAAUCAGGAUAUAUAAUUCUUAUUUUCCGAUGACUGUUAAUUAGUGUAAAGCAAGAUAAAGUAGAUGACGACACUAUUCAGUUAUUUUUUAACACGAGCAUAAGUUCAUCCUAGAUAUUUUAUUGGUUCUUUAUUGCUUAUUGGGGCACAUCAUUUUAUGGGGUCUCCUUAUAUGCAGGUUACACACUUUUAAGGCUUUUCCUGUCCAAAACUAAGGGUUUCCGCUUACAAACAAUCAGGCUUUAGCAAUUUUUAAAAGUUUUAAAAUGUCUCUCCCUUUUUUCUUGCUAUUUCUCAUGGUGGUUUACAAGUAGAUUAUAUUUAUAUCUUAUGGUAAACACUAAAUAAUAUUACCUUUAGCUCAAAUGUAUUUAUACUUUUACCUGAUUUUAUUAAUUUGUUCAGUUGAUGAUGUGAAAAAAAACAACAAAAAUUUGUUAACAUGAAAGCAUUUCAAACAUAUUUCCCAAAGUAAAACAAUUAAAAUGCAUUAACUUUAUUUAUUUGUUUAUUGCUUCAAUUUUAAAAAAAUGUACUUAGAUACCGUUAUUUAUUAAAAUCUUGUGCCAAAAAGAACGUGUCAUGCCAACAACCAUGUGUUAAGCUUGACUAUCUCCCCAGAUCAGUGUAAAGCAAUUUUAUCCAUCACAUUGCUGAAUAGUGCCUGGUAUGAGUUGUCUCAAAGAGAAAGGGGAGAGCAGGCCAAGCACAAUAUACUUUUGGUGGUUUUUAUCUCAAGGGAUGAGCAGUUUUUCUCACCUGCCAAUCCUCAAACUAAAGAACAGGCCAGCGUCAUUGACGAGGUGAGUCUGAGAGUAUAUUACCAAAAGAACAGGCCAGUGUUAUUGACCAGGUGAGUCUGAGAGUAUAUUACCAAAAGAACAGGCCAGUGUUAUUGACCAGGUGAGUCUGAGAGUAUAUUGUAAAAUGUUCAUCUUAGGGAAAAGAAAGGUUAAAAUAAAACAGUUCAGAUCAAUUUAUAAGUGAUGCAUUAGGACAAGAAUACUGAUGCAAAAAGAAACUUCAAAAUAAUCCAUACCUAUGUUAAUAUUUUGUUAUUAUAUAAAUCUUUCUCACAUUUUUGGAAAAAACUAUUUAAAUAAACAAAGCCUUUUUCCCCAUUAAAAAUUUAACAAUCCCUAGAAAAAGCUUAACUCAUUUGUUAAUACAAAUAAUUUUUUUACUAACAUCAGUGAAUUUUAUUGUCUGAAAAUCAAUUUUAUAGUUUCUUAUAUCCUGUAAGCAGUUAUAUUUUCUUAUUUUUUUCUGAUAAAUUGCUGACAUGUUGCUUGCAGGGAUGGUUCUGCGCUGUAGAGUUAUCUCACUUUGGACAAGCGCUCGGCAGAGGGCGCACGCGUUACCUGGAGGCUGUGCAUUGUCGAGAAGGGGCAGACAUAUUUUCAAGUCAGCACUGGAAAGAUUUGAGACAGACCUUGAAAUAUGAAAUAAUUACAGGUAACGAUUAAUAAAAAUUUUUAAUACAUAAUGGCACACUUUCUGUCAGUGCUUCCUGUUAUUUUUUAGAACUUUUUCAACAAUACAUUCUUUGUGUGCAGCUCACAGAAAAUGUGCACAUUGAAAUAGAUUAGCUUACCAUCCAAAGUAAAUUAUAUUAUUAAACACCACUGAAUAGCUUCAGUCAAAGUUUAGUUUAACACUGAAUAGCUGCAGGCAAGGUUUAGCUUACCGCUGUAUAGCUGUAGGCAAGGUUUAGUUUACCACUGAAUAGCUGCAGGCAAGGUUUAGUUUAAAUUAUGUAUAAACGAAAGCUUGAAGCAAAAUGAUUUAAUCCCUUAAAAUUUACAGGAUGGGCUAUUUGCAAGAAAAAUUUGAAGAAUCCAUUUGAAAUGCUUUAGACAAAAAUGCAUUAUGAGUUUAGAUACACUAAUUUAAUGAGGACAAGACUUAAGAGGAGAGAACUUAAACCUCCGCCUGGUACUUUCCCUUUUAUUUCAAUGCAAAAAUGUAUUCGAAUGUUAAACUGCAUAUCUUUUUAUUUUCUUUAAGCAGUUGUUUAUUUCAUGGUUACUUGUGUAUUCAUACACCUGGCUAAUAUAUUAACUUAUGUAUUCAUACACCUGGCUAAUAUAUUAACUUAUGUAUUCAUACACCUGGCUAAUAUAUUAAUUUAUGUAUUCAUACACCUGGCUAAUAUAUUAAAUUUUGUAUUCAUACACCUGGCUAAUAUAUUAAAUUAUUUAUUCAUACACCUGACUAAUAUAUUAACUUAUGUAUUCAUACACCUGGCUAAAAUUCUUCAUUUAAGAUAAGAAACAUGACAGGGAGGAUCACUUAAUUCUCCUGCGGAAAAUUUUAACAUUUUCCCUGGUGCAUUCUAAAUAUUUUAAAUAAGUCAAUGUACAGACAUGUGUCUUAUUUGAAGGUACUCGCAGCUUUAUGGAAGCAUGUCUUGGUCAGGCUCUCGGAGGAGUCGGAAAGAAGAAGAAGAAUGGUGCUUUCAAACUGAAGGAAGGUGUGACCAUCUUUGAAAUCUGUGAAUCUAUCCGGUAAUAAUCAUUCUCUCAAUAAUCAUUCUCUCAAUGAUCAAUAUUUUCUUACAUAGUUAAUAAUCAUUCUCUCAAUAAUCAUUAUUUUCUUACAUAGGUAAUAAUCAUUCUCUCAAUAAUCAAUAUUUUCUUACAUAGGUAAUAAUCAUUCUCUCAAUAAUCAAUAUUUUCUUACAUAGGUAAUAAUCAUUCUCUCAACAAUCAAUAUUUUCUUGCAUCAGUCGCUCUGCGUUCACCCCAUCCAUCAGAUCAGCUCCAUCCGCCACUACCUCACAGUGCAGCAAAAACACUUGUCUGUGCUCUUGUCCUCUCUUGUCUUGACCAUUGCAACUCUCUUCUGUCAGGUUCACCAAAAAAUUAAUAGAAAAACUGCAAAUAGUUCAAAACUCACUGCUAGGUUAGUUCUAUAUGCAAAGAAACAUGAUCGCGUCACUCCGCUACUUCACUCACUUUAUUGGCUCCCUUUACAUUCACAAAUUGAUUACAAGCUGUCUCUUCUCUGUCACAACUUUCUCUCUGGGUCCUUCCCUCUUACUAUCUUAUUGAACGUCUUUCUGUCUAUUCAACCCCUUUGACAGCUUUGUUCCUCCAUAGACAAGCAUAUUAUUUCUGUUCCCAAGACUCGCACUUAAACAUACAGUGAACGAUCUUUCUCUUUCUGUGCCUCCAAACAAUGGAAUUCUCCUCAAUACACAAUCCACAAUAUACUGACCAUCCAAGCCUUCAAAACUGCACUCAAGAUACACCUCUUCAAACUCUACUAUUCCAACUCAUUCUCACCCCCCUCUGAUCUAUAAACAAUGCUCGAUGCUGCUGGAUGCCAUCCAUGGCUAGUUCUUGGGUGGAUGAGGUCAAUAUUUCUACAAAACUGUUUUUAAAUGAAUAAUUUUAUGUAACUGUUUUGUCUUUUUUUUUUCUUUUUGCUAAUUUUAUUUGAAGUGCGGAGAGCCUAGCCCUAGGCUGGGGUACCGGGCUAUAUAAGAAACUUUAGUAAUAAUAAUAAUACAUUGUAAAGACAUUGAUUGUUUUAUUUUCCUUGCUUAGGUAUGGACAAUCACUUCACAUCUCAUCUAUAUUUAGAAAUAGUUUUUGAGACUUAGGUUAUAAAAAACCUUACUUAAGUUAUUUUUUAUGGUUAUCAAUUUUUGUAGAUUAUUGGAACUUGCAGACACAACAUUGAGGCUGUCAUGUGGUGACACUAAGGACAAAGUAGAUGUUUUACCUCAUGUCACAGCAGUGGAAAUGGUCAAGUCUUUUUAUACCCACACUGACCCCGUCAAAUGUAAACAUGACCUUUUUGAUCUGCUCAUGACCUGGGCUCAACAGCUGAGGGUCAGUAAAACUUUUUUUGUUUAAUUCAAAUGUAAAAAAAAUUACUUAUUAAGAAGAAAUAUUGAUACAAAAUAUAACUUACAUUUUUUUUAAAGUGAAAGAUAUUGAAGAAUUUUGUAGAUCACCUUAAAUCUUGUUGCCUUGUUCCCCGUCAAGUAGGUAAAUCUUGUUACCUUGUUCCCUGGUCAAGCAGGUAAAUCUUGUUACCUUGUUCCCUGGUCAAGUCUGUCUCGGGUUGAUCCUGUAGUAUAGGCCAACACAUGCCAAAGUGUACUCGUUUUAUAGCCAUUUUAAUUGUUUCUAUAGUAUAGUAGUUACUAUCCUAGUGUCUCAUUUUUAUUUUACUUAGUUUACAUGUUUUUAAUAAUUGUAAAGCGCUUAGAGCUUUAAGGUAAGCGCUAUAUAAAAAUGCCUAAAUAAAUAAAUAAAUAAAUAAAUCUGAGUGAAUUUAAAGAAACUUAAAAUUACUUUUCAAGUAAAGAAUGUUAUUCAACAACAAUAAUGACCAUGACCUUGAUAAGCUAACAAAUAUGAUUAAACAGCUUAUUUUAUACAUGUAGUUAAAAUUUAAUAGUAGUGUUUUAUGGUUUAUAUAUAGUGUGGCAAAUUUUACUUCUCAUUCGCCACAACCCUGAUGGCUUUUUUGGAGAAAGGUCGCACACCCUGGUCUAGGAAUGAUGAUUUAAUAUUGAUAAAUUUCACAACUUCAGAGUCAAGUAAAUCAACACUAACACAAUGUUCUAAUGUGAUGAGCAAAGCCUUGUUACGCACCCUGCACAGGAAAGACUUUCAUUUUGGUGCACCAAUGAAAACUUACAUUAAACAUUCAUGACUGAUGUAUAGCAGCAGCCAUAAUCAUGAUUUUUAAAAUUUGUUUACCCCACAUUAGGUAAAACAUGAACAUAGAUCUCCAGAUCCAGGCAUUUCCCAUGGCCCGAAAUGCAUUUCUUCAACCCUACACAAUCUCAGGAACACAUCUGCUAUCAAAAAACAUUUACAAAUCCUUAAUAAUUACUGACAUAGCACCACUUAAGACACACUACAUCCAAUUACUACAAUAAGGAUAAAGAAUAAUAAUUGUUCAUAUAAUAAUUAAUGAUUUCUGACAUGUAUAUUUAAGAAUGAAACAAAAGUGAAUAAUUAGUAAAUUCGGGAGUUUAAAUGUAUAGUCUAUAGAGUUAUCUCAGGUUAUAAAAUGUUGAAAUUCUGAUAGUUAUCCCAGAUUAUAAACUGUUGAAGUUCUGAUAGUUAUCCCAGGUUAUAAACUGUUGAAGUUCUGAUAGUUAUCCCAGGUUAUAAACUGUUGAAGUUCUGAUAGUUAUCCCAGGUUAUAAACUGUUGAAGUUCUGAUAGUUAUCCCAGAUUAUAAACUGUUGAAGUUCUGAUAGUUAUCCCAGGUUAUAAACUGUUAAAGUUCCGAUGAAUUCAAGAAUUGCAUGUCUUUUGUGUUAAGGAUUUAAACAAGUCAGUUGAUGUUAGACUGACCAAAUCAAAUCAGAAAGAGACCGAACGCAUUGUGGGGGACUGGUUGAUGACGACAAGACUGCAAGGCAGACAACUGAAACCUCUGCCAGGUACACAACCUUUUUUUUUUUUUUGCGCUACAGUUUACAGUUGAUAAACCUUUUUUUAAAAAAAAGAAAUUUAUAAGUAAUAUUCACAGUGUUUGUCAGUCCUUUGUGUAUGUUGAUAUUCACAUAUCUCUGUGAUCCUAUUGACCAAGGUUGUCCAGUGAGACAAUCAAAUAACACUAUCCAUUCUGAAAUAUGCAUGACUUUGAAUGCAAGAAUAUAGGUUUAGAUUAAAGUAGUCAUUACCAGAACUAGACAAACCAGAACUAACAUUAUGAGGACCAGCUGAUAAGUUUAUUUAUUUCUUAUUGAACGCCCCCCCCCCCCCCCAAAGCUCAUAACAGUUAUAAUUUGAUUUCCAGCAUUGCCAGACCAACAUGGCCGCCUCGUGGAACUCAUGCAGACUGUUGGAGGCCCCGUGGCCAAGCUGAAACCUUGCCAGAUCCUGUUGGUGGCCGUGGCAGGCAGUGCCAUGUACAACAUGAAAACACCAGACUCGGAUGUGGACUACCUGGUGGUGUACACACUGCCCACUGAGGUCAGUUACCAGUGAUCCCUGGUGUGGGGGUGGGUGGUUGGGGGGGGGGAGUGGAGGUCAAUUCCUAGUGACAUUUAGGGGUGAAGGGGAAUUGGGAUAUAUCUUGUAAAGUUAUUGGCAAUAUAAAUUUAAGAUUCUUUUAUUGAUCCAAACAAACGGAAAGCUGUUUUAUGAUUGCAUUGUACAUUUUCAGCACAUAAAUAAAAAAAUUGGAACACAAGACAUUUAUAAUAAAUUAUUUCACUAGUAAAAAACCCCCCAAAAAAACAACCAUUCAGUGAGUUCUCUUAUCCAUAUCAGGAACUUAUUAGUUCUCAUUAAGAUUUGUGACUUCAGGGGGAGCACGCUGGUAAAUUUUAGGACUGUCUAGGUGAUGGUAAAGUUUCUCCAACAAUAGUAAGAUAGCAUCCUCCUUACUUCUGGCAGGUUUUUAAGCAAAUUGGUGGGGGUCAAGUUUUUGCUGUACUUCAUUCAAAAAUUUCCUCAGAAUAAGUUUCUCAAAACAUUUCAUUACAAUAGAGAUAAGUGCAACAGGUCGUAAGUCGUUGUUGCAAGUUACCUUAUUUUUCUUUGGAAUUGGUAUGAUUUCUGAAGUUUCCAAAUUGUUGGUAUUGUGUUAGUUACAUAAGAUUUAUUAAAUAUGUAACAAAUUGAAAAAAAUGUAGGAUUAUAUAGAAGAGAAAUACUGGGUCUUGUGCAGAACAAUGUAACUGGACAAUACAGAGGACCAAAAGAAAUUCUGGUGACAAUACAGAGGACCAAAAGAAAUUCUGGUGACAAUACAGAGGACCAAAAGAAAUUCUGGGUCUUGUGUAGAACAAUGUAACUGGACAAUACAGAGGACCAAAAGAAAUUCUGGGUCUUGUGUAGAACAAUGUAACUGGACAAUACAGAGGACCAAAAGAAAUUCUGGGUCUUGUGUAGAACAAUGUAACUGGACAAUACAGAGGACCAAAAGAAAUUCUGGGUCUUGUGCAGAACAAUGUAACUUGACAAUACAGAGGACCAAAAGAAAUUCUGGGUCUUGUGCAGAACAAGCCUAUGACAAUAAAGUAGGUCAUUUUUCACAGCAUACAUUAUUUUAUUUCAAUGAGUGAAAAUACUAAUUAUUUACUGAUCUGAAAUAAAUCAUAGCACCAUUACGAGAAAAUCAAAUCUAUUUUACCAUGGUGCACCAAUCACGAUAACGUUCCUGGUCAAUAGUCCACAAAGAGUUGGGCCCUUUGCUUUGGGUAAAACAUAUAAUAGAAAUAACAUUUUAGGACCUUAGUGUAUCAAAAAUGGUCUGUGCUGUGUGACCACACACUCUGAAGUUACACGUAUUGGCUAGCUGGUGGAUUCAUGAUAAAUUCAUCUCUUCUGUCCGCAGAGCUUGCUGUCGGCCACAAGAAAGCUGCCAGAGUGCCAUGAAAAUCGGGGACUGGAUAAGACGGUUGAGUACGGGGCUUAUGAGGCUCGGACAUUUUGUGAGAUGUUGCUCAAGUGCAGCGUUGUGAUAUUAGAGGUAUGGCCAUUUGUAGUGUGGUUAUAUUAGAGGUAUGUUCAUUUGUAAUGUCGAAAUAUUAGAGGUUCGUCCAUUUGCGGCGUGGUAAUAUUAAAGGCAUUAAAUGAAUGUGUACUCUGGUACUUUUCUUAUUUUAGUCCAGCAUGGCAAGGCCAGAGAUUGUAUGCUUCAUAAGCUUUAGUAGUAUGUUUAAUAUGUCACCAUGCAACACUGAGAUUAUUUGUUCACACAUUAAAAUUGCUUUGCCUACAAUUUAUUCUGAUUCUAAUCCUAAUAAUAAUCGUUCUAAUGCUAAUCCUUUUAAAAUUAAUCCUUCUAAUACUAAUCCUUCUAAUACCAAUUCUUCUAAUACUAAUCCGUCAAUUUUCUCUCACCCUCCAGCUGCUGUAUGCCAAUGACCAUGAGUACACAAGUCCCCUGUGGCAGGUAAUGGACACAUGACUCUACGGACUAUGAGUAAAUAAACAUCUCACUUUGACUGAGGUGCAUGCUGUGACUUUACUUGAACUACUUUAGAUGUACUUGUAGAAAAAGUUUGACUCACUGAUUGAAAUCAGUAUUAUUAUGAUUAGGUGGUUUUAUAUGGCGCAUCCAUUGAUGACAAGUCACAUCUAACUGGAGUAACCAUCCAUGGAUGACAAGUCCCAUCUAUCUGGAGUAACCAGUCCCAUGUACCGGUGUUAAUUUUUUGUCUGGUUAUCCCUGGGGUUUGAACUCCAGCCGAUCAGUUAUAAGGUGACAUACAGGUUGCUGGUCAAGCAUGUCAACAUCACAAGAUGAUAUACAGAUGCUGACACAUUUGGCCAAACAGUCUUUUGCCCCUAACCUCUGUGUCCACGUAUAAUGGUGUUUAGUAUAAUAAUAUGGGGGUUAGUGUUAUAAUGACAAAUGUAACUAGAAAUCGUUAACUUAUUUAACUGUUUACUUGUCAUAUUGUUGACUUGUCCAGGAGCUCAGCCAGCACAAGCUGGCAUUUGUCACAGAGAAAGCCAUCCUCCAGUACCUGGGCCUCAUCAAGAACAACCUCAAAUCUAUUGACAAAGGGAAGCUACUGGACUCUGCCAAACGGGACAGGAAACUCUUCUACCAGGUAGAGUGGUAUAUCUUUGCUAAGAACAUGUAUGUGUUGAUAUCUGCCCACAGCAGUAAUACAGCUCAUGGCUUCAUCCUAAUGAUAAUUAUACUGAACAUGUUCCACUGGUGUGUCACAAAUAGGUUUACAAGUGUAGGGCACCAUUUUGAUAUAAAUGAAAAAUAGCAUUGUCUAUAGAUGAAGACUGGCAAUUGAAAAGUUAGGUUUUAGUUAGGCCAAUACAUACAAGGGAAAUUCAAGGUGGCUUGACACCUAUAAUUUAAUCAGCUGGUGAAUUGUCAUUGAAAACUUGAUGUUUCCUACAGAGGUCUGACAUGGGUUUGGUCUUUUUUCAAAACAGUGGGCAUUUUAAACAAUUUCUGUUGAGUUUAAAAAAAAAGAAAUUUUAGGUUUAAAGAAAAGAAAGCUUUAAAGAUUAUUGUUUACUGUGGUCUGAAAAGCAUUGUCAGCCCAUGAAAAGCCCAUUGUCAGCCCAUGAAAAGGCCAUUGUCAGCUUAUGAAAAGGCCAUUGUCAGCCUAUGAAAGUCCCAUGGUCAGCCCAUGAAAAGCCCAUUGUCAGCCUAUGAAAAGCCUGUUGUCAGCCCAUGAAAAGCCCAUUGUCACCCUAUGAAAAGCCUGUUGUCAGCCCAUGAAAAGCCCAUUGUCAGCCUAUGAAAAGCCUAUGAAUAACCCUGAUAGGAUAUGUGAUUAUAUCAAGUAUUUAAAAAAUCAAUAGUAUGGCAGUGAGGGUAUACAACUAGGAAAUGUUUAGGAACCACUGAACUAGACGAUUCAUGUUAACCCUCUUGAGGUGGCUGGGCCAAUCUUUCUGCCCAGAGUGUUAUGAUGAAACCUAACCAAGUGAGCCGUAAACAAUUCUUAAAACAUAUGACCUUGAAAUAUGACAAAAGGCAUGAGCACCCCCAGUAAGGCUUCAAGAAUCAUAAAAUUUAACAAAAUUCUGCCAGUAAGACUUUACAAAUUAUAAUUGUGAAAAUAAACUGCAUGAAUAAAUUAUUCAAAUCAGGAUAUCUCAUUUGCAUAAAUGUUGAAAUUUUAGUUUGAUUCAUCAAGAUCGUAUUAGUUCAUUCUAUUCCCUGCAAGAAUAUAUAUAUUGUAAAUGAUUGUGCAAAGUAAGUGCAGGGCUUGUGUAAAGGGUUCCGUCUUCUUGGCACUGACAGUCCAAAGAGGCUCUUGACCACUUUGUUAAAAACCACAGUUUAAAAGUUAAAUAUGGUCAAUAGUUGUGAAUGUGAUCUAAUUAAGUCUGCUCGGUACUGGGAUUAUUGUACGUAACUGUGUUAUAUUAAGAGAUGUGUUACUUGUAAUAGCUGCAGACAUGCAUUGCAUACAAAAAAAGUGUACUCGUUUUUAUAGCCAUUUUAAUGCGAAAGCUACUGUUUCUAUAGUCAUUUUUCACAUUGUAGUUACUAUUCUAGUGUCUCAGGUUUUUCAUUUGUAUUUUACUUUAGCAGUUUAAAUAGUUUACAUAUUUUUAAUAAUUGUAAUGCGCUUAGAGCUGUAAGAUAAGGGCUUUACAAAAAUGCCUAAAUAAAUAAAUAAAUAAAUACAUCUUAAAUAUAUGUGAUGCCAUAAUGUCCCCACAGAACUUCCACAAGAUUCAUGGCGUACAGCACAUGAUGAACGGCCAGGUGCCGCCCGUCAAGCUGGAUGGGGACAUCCGGGAGUUCGUCAUGAACGUUAGGACAAGGGAUGAUGGGGUAAUGGACAGCACAAUUUUGUGAUCUUUGAAAUAUAGUCUUAGUAACCAAGUUGGAGAUGAGUGAAACUGAGUAAGGUAAACAUGAAAAAAAAGGAAUGCAACAAAACAACGAACAUAUCGGCAGGAAGCCUUCGUCAGCAAACAAACAGAAAAAACAGAAUAAAAUUUAAAAAAUAGUACGUAGCUGAGAAGUAGUAUCCGAGAGGGCAGCAGAAGAAAAGGUUUGACCUUACUUUUACUCAUUUCCUAUUUUGCUAACCUGAUUGCAGUCUCUCCCCUUAUUACCCUAGUAACCAAGUAGGGGGUUGUUUAACAAUAUAGGUUUUCUGUAACGAUAUAGAUGUACCAUAACAUGUUGAGGUAAUAUUAAACUUUAGGUAUACCGACUAUAGGAGGGGCGGUAGUGUAAAUACAGAGAAUGUAGUGUUAUUUUGUAUGUUCCUAUUGUAUGCUCACAACAUCGUCAAUCAACUGUUAAACAUUUAUUCUGUUGUAGGAGUGGAGCCGAGACAAUGUCACUAAACUGCUCAAGGAACAGUACCACGACCUACGGGAGAAAUUGUGCAACAGAGCGGAACGCCUCAGGGAAAACCCAGACUAUAAUUUAUGUACCAACUGGCUGUUGUCUGUCAGAGGCCUGGGAUAAUUGAUGUCAC